GGGAGAAGCCUGAGCGCUCGAAUGGCCAACACCACAGGGCUGACCACCGCAGGCACCGCGGGCUCCGUGGGGCUGAUCCUGGCGGCCGUCGUGGAGGCGGCGGCCCUGCUGGGCAACGGCGCGCUGCUGGUCGUGGUGCUGCGCACGCCCGGCCUGCGCGACGCGCUCUACCUGGUGCACCUGUGCGUCGUGGACCUGCUGGCCGCCGCCUCCAUCAUGCCGCUGGGCCUGCUGGCCGCGCCGCCGCCCGGGCUGGGCCGGGUGCGCCUGGGCCCCGCGCCCUGCCGCGCCGCGCGCUUCCUCUCGGCCGCGCUCUUGCCGGCCUGCACGCUCGGCGUGGCCGCGCUCGGCCUGGCGCGCUGCCGCCUCAUCGUGCACCCGCUGCGGCCCGGCGCGCGGCCCCCGCCCGCCCUGGUGCUCGCCGCCGUGUGGGCCGCGGCCGCGCUGCUGGGCGCGCUCGCCCUGCUCGGGCCGCCGCCCGCCCCGCCCCCCGCCCCGGCGCGCUGCUCGGUCCUGGCCGGGGGCCUCGGGCCCUUCCGGCCGCUCUGGGCGCUGCUGGCCUUCGCGCUGCCCGCCCUCCUGCUGCUCGGCGCCUACGGCAGCAUCUUCCUCGUGGCGCGCCGCGCUGCCCUGCGGCCCCCGCGGCCCGCGCGCGGGGCCCGGCCGCGCUCCGACUCCCUGGACAGCCGCCUCUCCAUCUUGCCGCCGCUCCCGCCGCGCCUGCCCGGGGGCAAAGCGGCCCUGGCCCCAGCGCUGGCCGUGGGCCAGUUCGCAGCCUGCUGGCUGCCUUACGGCUGCGCGUGCCUGGCGCCCGCGGCGCGGGUCGCGGCGGCCGAAGCAGCCGUCACCUGGGUGGCCUACUCGGCCUUCGCGGCCCAGCCCUUCCUCUACGGCCUGCUGCAGCGCCCGGUGCGCCGGGGGCUGGGCCGCCUAGCCCGCCGAGCGCUGCCCCGACCCCCGCGGGCCUGGCACCCGCGGGCACUCCUGCAGCACCUCCGGGGGCCUCCACU